GUGACGUCCUUCCUGUUUCGCCGUACAACACGUGUACGGUGCACAGUUUAGAGCUAAAAGGAGCAACAACAACAAAACCACCGCUUUCGGAAACCUUCAAGAGCUCACUGUUGUUAUUUUUUCUGCGCGAGGUUUUGCCGACCAAGCCGUCAAAAUGGUGAAGCCUCUGUUUAAGGGGAAAAGCUCGAUAAACCCCUCGUCGUCCAGCAGCAACCCUGAUCGAGCCAAGGGUGCUGGUGGGAACAACAUGAGGGACCGAACCACUAUCAAGCGUCUGAAUAUGUACAGACAGAAACAGAGAUGUAAUAACCGUGGAAAAGUCAUCAGACCUCUCCAGUUCCAGUCCACAGUGGCUCCAGGGACCGUAGCCAGAGUUGAGCCUAACAUCAAGUGGUUUACAAAUACCCGUGUUAUCAAACAGUCAUCUCUCCAGAAGUUCCAGGACGAGAUGGGAGCAGUACAGAAGGAUCCAUAUCGUGUGGUGAUGAGACAAAGCAAACUCCCCAUGUCCCUUUUGAAUGAUAGAAUCAAAGCUCAUAACUCCAAGGUGCACAUUCUGGACACUGAGGGCUUUGAGACCACGUUCGGACCUAAGGCUCAGAGGAAAAGACCCAGUCUCGUGGUCGGGGAUGUGCAAGACCUUUUAGAGAAGGCUGAGGCCUCAGCCGUGGGCUACAAUGCAGAAAAGGACAAAGACCUGGUGAUUGAGGAUACAGGAGUACGGAAUGAAGCACGUGAGGAAAUCUUUAAGAAGGGUCAGUCCAAGAGGAUCUGGGGUGAACUUUACAAGGUGAUUGACUCAUCUGAUGUCAUCAUCCAAGUUCUGGAUGCUCGCGAUCCCAUGGGAACACGUUCCAGCAGCAUAGAGACGUAUAUGAAGAAGGAGAAGCCCUGGAAACAUCUCAUCUUUGUGCUUAACAAGUGUGAUCUCAUCCCCGCCUGGGUCACGAAACGGUGGGUUGCUGUUUUGUCUCAAGAAUACCCCACUCUGGCUUUCCAUGCCAGUCUCACCAACUCGUUUGGUAAGGGCUCCCUCAUCCAGCUGCUCAGGCAGUUUGGCAAGCUCCACACAGACAAGAAACAGAUAAGUGUGGGUUUCAUUGGUUACCCUAAUGUGGGGAAGAGCUCAGUCAUCAACACACUGCGGUCUAAGAAGGUCUGCAAUGUGGCGCCUCUCGCUGGGGAAACAAAGGUGUGGCAGUACAUCACUUUGAUGAGGCGCAUCUUUCUCAUUGACUGCCCUGGCGUUGUUUACCCCUCAGAAGACAGUGAAACAGAUAUCGUCUUGAAAGGAGUGGUUCAGGUGGAGAAGAUCAAGAACCCAGAAGAGCACAUAGGGGCAGUACUGGAGCGGGCCAAGCCAGAAUAUAUUCAGAAGACCUAUCGUAUUCCUACCUGGAAUUCUGCUCAAGACUUUCUUGAGAAGAUGGCAUUACGCUGUGGUAAACUACUCAAGGGUGGUGAGCCAGAUCUCUCAACAGUGUCCAAAAUGGUGUUGAACGAUUGGCAGAGAGGGCGUAUCCCCUUCUUUGUGAAACCUCCUGGAGCUGAGGGAGAACGGGAGGAUGCCUUGCUGGUUAAAGGACCCUCAGAGGAAGCUGAGAGUGUGCAGGAGAAACAGCAAGAUGAUCCAGAUGCCGUGUCAGAGGAACAAGAUGAACACCAACAGCGUCUGCAGAAGAAGAAGGAGCAAGUACAGAAGAUUCUGGCUAAUGUUCGACAGAACUUUGGAAAGAUUAAUGUGGCACCAGAGUUCAUCGAGGAAGACUUGGAUCCUGUGGAGAUACCCGACUUGGACCUUUCUGACUGCUCUGGCUCUGACAAUGAAGAAGACUGUGAGGAAGAUGAAGAUGUAGAGGAGGACAAAACCAGUGCUGAAAAAGCUGAUGAACCAGCCAGCGCAGAAACCCAAGUCUCCGAGUCCACGCAGACGGGCAAGGCAACCAAGAAUCCACGUGAGGUCAUCCGUGAACUGGAUGAGAAGAUUAACAAAUACAAGCAGUUCCUGGACCGAGCCAAAUCCAAACGCUUCUCUGCAAUCCGGAUACCCAAGGCGCUCUCUGAAAAAGCCCUCAGUGACAUCAAGAUGAAAGAGGAAACAGCUAAGCAGACAGCAAACAAAGCUGCCAGCCAGAAGAGCAAGAAGAGGAAAGCUGAGGAGGAGGAGGAGUCCACCCAGCGGGACAAACUGACCUCUAAACAGAGAAGAGCUUUGGAUCGUGCAACGAGGACAAAGAAAGUCGGUGUCCGCUAUUACGAAACACACAAUGUUAAAAACAAGAACAAGAACAGAAAGGCCCCAGCAACAGCCACAGAAGGCUCAAAGACCAAAAGAUCAAAGCACUAGGUUGGAUACAUAAAACUUAACUUGUCUGAUAUAUCUUUAUUUAAUUUGGCCAAAAAGGCCAAGUUUUUAUUGAAAAUAUAGAGUUAAAGAGGGGAAGAAAUGCUAAACUGAGUGUAAACGAUCGAUUACUUGGUGCUUUGUCUGCCCCCCAGUAAACAUGAUGCAUCUUUCCUUUUCAACUCUUUUCAAUAAUCAACCUCUUUCUGUUUUUGAAUGACAUUACAUUCAUUUACAGGUGUAAUUCUCUCUUGACGUUCAAGAGAAACAUACAGUGCCUUUAUUUGAACUGUACUCGUCACGCUGUUAAUUGAACAAUAAAAUAAUGGCUCACUA